AUCAGCAGAGUGUGCUCGAGGGGCGACAGUUAGCAGCGACUGGCUUUUUGUUUCGCCCUCGAUUUGAAACCCUGAACUUAUAUGUGCCUGUUUAUGGCUUCUGGCGUCCUAGGUCUUUAUUAAUGGGACUCAUUUGAAGUUCCAACCCACGUAUCUCAGUGAGCCUGAGGUCCCCACAGCAAUGGUGAUUUAGCAUCCUGGAGUGGGAAACCGGCAGCUAACGCUAGCUGGUAGCAUGGUUUGUUGAUGUUGUGAUGGGCAUUUGAAGACUCAGUCGAAACAGUUGUGAUACGUUGCUCACUACGUAAUGUACGUUUGUUGAAAUGGAUCUUAAUUUUUACUCUGGCUUGGCGGAGGGUUGCCCGCAAAAUGUUGAACCGGAGUACAUGGACACGCAGUCGUUCAACAGCUACUCCGAGGAGAACAAGUUUGCAGAAAGCAGCGGAGGCUUUAUGACCAUAAGCAGCGCGGCCCAUCCUUUCUUAUCCGCUGAGCAGACCUUCCAUACUCCAAGUCUUGGCGAUGAGGUGUUUGAGAUUCCCCCCAUCUCGCUGGACCCCGACUCAUCCCUCGCCAUGGGAGAUGCUGUGCCACACUUCGAACUGUCAGACGGAGCUUUGGGCCCUGCUGUCUCCCGCAGUCUGGUCAGCAACCUUGUUGUGGAGGCUAAUGACCCCUCUUUCGCCUCCACCUUUGUCAACACUGGGUCCCAAGGCCUGGAGCAGCUGGACAUGGGAGCCAUGGUCCAGGCUGGAGGCGGAGGCCUCCUUAGCUCUUCAUCGCUGGAGCUGGGGAAUGGCAUGGGGUCACAUUUUGGCAAUUCAUCUCCCAUGACUAUUGACGUCCAACUGGCUGACAUGGGACACGGUCUUCUGGAAAGUGGCCAGCUCAGUACCAUCAACCAAACGGAGCUGUCACUGGGUCUUAGUCAUCAUGGGGAAACUUUGGAGCAGCCCCUGUCGGCAACACCGUCUCCGGCUGACUCCCUCCAGGAUGAGGACAUGGAUGACUUCAAGAGGAGCGUUCUGGUGGACUCUCCCAUGUUGUCUUCAGUCUCGUCCAGCAUCACCUCCCACCCUGCCCACAUAACGUCUGUCCCCAAGAGGAGCGGGGGGAAGCCAGCCUCUCUGUCGCCAGCCACCUCGACUGCUGGUGCGAAGAAGGGAAAGAAGAAGAAAGAUCCCAAUGAACCUCAGAAGCCUGUGUCGGCAUACGCUCUGUUCUUCAGAGACACUCAGGCGGCCAUCAAGGGCCAGAACCCCAACGCUUCUUUCGGUGAGGUGUCCAAGAUCGUGGCCUCCAUGUGGGACAGUUUGGCUGAAGAACAAAAGCAGGUGUAUAAACGAAAGACUGAAAUGGCUAAAAAGGAGUAUUUGAAAGCUCUGGCUGCGUACAGAGCCAGCCAGCUGUCCCAGCCGGCCUCUGAGGAGAUGGAUACCGCCCCCUCUCCCCCUCCGCCCCCUCUGCCAGUGGUGAUGGUGGCCCCAGCCUCCCACCAGCCGACCGACAGCGCCGUGGAGGAGAACACCAUCACCAACAUUUGUGCUUCCAACAUCAUCCUGGACGUCCCAGAGAUGGCCACGCGCUCCCGCACAGGAGCCAAUAAGACAACCCCUCCACCCGCUGCUCUGCCUGCUCAGACUGUCACCAAAAUCAUCAUCCCAAAGCACUUGCUGCGUCCCGGCAGUCAGGUGGUCACCAUGCUGCCUGGCGGGGUCUGCACCGUGGUGCCCGGUGCGCCGCGCCAGCCUCCGCCGCUACAGCAAAUGCAGAAUGCGCCGCCUCCACCGCGGCUCCAGCAGAUGGCACCGGCGCCUCCACCUUUGCAGGCCAAGCCCCGGGAGGGCAGCAGCGCCAGUCUCACUGUGGCCACACCACCACCGCCUCCUCUGCAGAUCAAAAUUGUUCCCACCCCUCUGGAGGCCAAAGACGCCCUGCCCAUUAUCGUGCCCAGCUCUGGGACGUCUGGUGCCACAGUAGAUGUGCCUCCUGCAACCGUACCAGGGGAUCACGAGGAGGAUUUGGUGGCAGACGUUUGCAAUUCAGAUGAGGAUGUGGUGGAGGUGAACGGCUCCAAACAUGGUGGCACUGGUACUGGCGUGUGCGUGAGGGACGGCUGUAACAAACCAGCGGUGGAGAGCAAAGACUGGGACAAAGAGUACUGCAGCAACCAGUGUGUGGCUGACCACUGCAGGGUGAUCUUCCAGACGUGGUGCUCCGUCAGAAAUGAGACAUUGGGGACAGUCAAGUAAAUCAGGGUCCGGUUUCCGGCGCUGUGAAUUUGCCCUGUAGGUUCAGGUUUGGUGCUACUAUCUCUGUCACACAGAUAUUUGUCAGAGUUUACGGAAUCCCAUGGAGCCAUUUCCACAAGUUCAAACGUGACAUGAAGGCAGCCGCAGGUAAAACAGGCCAGGGCGAUGACCGUCAAACUUUAUGUAAAUUAAUUUCAGCACCCUUCGUGUCACUUUUGGCGGUCCCGUCUGCGUAGUUGACUGAAGCUGGUGACUGUGGCCUUCGAGGUUUAUUGCCUUUUAUACUUUUCCAUUCAGAUAUUUGUAGAACUAGUACCUUUUGUUUUCUAAUAAAUGGUUCAAAUGCAGUCAAACAUGUU